AUGCGUUUCUCUACUGUUCACUUUUUGGCCAUGUUGUGUUUGGUUUCAAGAGUGCGAUCAUUCAUUCCACGCCAUUCCCGUGUGGUGGGUUCUCGAUUCCGAACACUAUCAGCGAGUGCAGACAUCGAAUGGACAACCGACAAAGUCCGUUCCACCUUUGUGGAGUUCUUUGAAGAGAAAGAUCACGUGAUGACUCCAAGUUCUCCAUGUGCGCCUUUGAACGACCCAACCCUUCUGUUCACCAACGCUGGAAUGAACCAGUUCAAACCAAUCUUUUUGGGACAAGUCGAUCCUAACAGCCCUCUAGCAUCGCUCAAGCGUGCGACCAAUUCACAAAAGUGCAUCCGAGCUGGUGGAAAGCACAACGAUUUGGAAGAUGUCGGCCGAGACACAUACCAUCACACUUUCUUUGAGAUGCUUGGAACUUGGUCUUUCGGAGAUUAUUUCAAGGAGGAAGCGAUUGAUAUGGCUUGGAAGUUGCUCACGGAGGUAUACAAGCUAGACCCAGAGAGAUUGUACGCUACUUACUUUGAAGGAGACGAAAGUGUUGGCGAGGAUGUCGAGGCGAAAGAGUUUUGGUUGAAGUAUCUCCCAGCGGACAGGGUGAUCGGCUGUAAUGCCGCAGAUAACUUUUGGGAGAUGGGUGACACUGGCCCGUGUGGUCCAUGCAGUGAGAUUCACUAUGACCGAAUUGGAGGACGCGAUGCUUCCGCACUUGUGAACGCUGAUGACCCAGAUGUCAUCGAAAUUUGGAACAUUGUUUUCAUUCAAUACAAUAGAGACGAAAAGGGAUUGGCACAGUUGCCGCAAAAACAUAUUGAUACUGGUAUGGGAUUGGAGCGCUUGGUCAGUAUCCUCCAGAACCAAAGCUCCAACUAUGACAUUGACGCUUUCCAACCGAUUUUUAAGAAGCUGGAAGAAUUUUCUAAAGUGGGUCCCUACGAGGGAAAGCUCGGAGAAGAAGAUGUGACCGUCAAGGAUACUGCAUACCGCGCUAUUGCGGAUCACAUCAGAACUCUUUCAUUUGCCAUUGCCGAUGGUGCUGUUCCCAACAAUGAGGGCCGCGGAUACGUUCUGCGCAGAGUCUUGCGUCGUGCCACUAGAUACGGUCAACAAAUCUUGAAGGCACCCCCAGGUUUCUUCCAGGAACUCAUCCCAACUGUCGUCGACGUAUUCGGCGGAGCUUACCCUGAACUGGUCGAAAAGAAGGACAUCAUCAUAGAGGUCAUUGCCGAAGAAGAACAAGCUUUCUCCAAUAUGUUGGAUCGGGGUAUCAAAUACUUUAGUGAGCUUGAAGAUGAAGUCAAGGCCGAUGGAGGAGAUGUUGUUACUGGAGACAAGGCUUUCUAUCUUUAUGAUACACUUGGUUUCCCGAUUGACUUGACUGAGUUAAUGGCAGAAGAAGCUGGCCUCAGUGUCGAUGUCAAAGGAUUUGCCAACGAGAUGGAGGCACAAAAGAAACGAUCCCGAGAAGCGCGGGCAGCUGCAAAGUCUGGUGGAGCACCAAGACUAGAGUUGAUUGCCGAACAGACCGCAGCGUUGAGUGACGAUGGUGUCUUGGCUACCGACGAUAGCUUCAAAUACAAGUGGGAUGUAGAACUUCCUGCAACUGUCAUGUCCAUUUACGGCCCCGACGGUUUCGUGGAGAAGGGAUCCGCAGCCCAACCUGGUGAUUUUGUUGGACUUGUGUUGGAUAAAUCUAGUUUCUACGCUGAAGCUGGUGGUCAGGAAGCCGAUUUGGGGACACUCCGAAUCCUCGAUGAGGCAGGAGAUGUUGUUGGAUUGUUCGAUGUCCGUGACGUGCAAUCCUAUGGUGGCUUCCUUCUUCACAGUGGACUCCUGGAAGAGGGAACAUUGGAAGUUGGAGCUGUCGUUAACUGCCGCGUUGACUACGACAGAAGACGUCAAAUCGCUCCAAACCAUUCGAUGACACAUGUCCUUAAUGCUGCUCUACGCGAAGUGCUGGGCGAUAGCGUUGAACAACGUGGUAGUCUGUGCAAUGAUGAAAAGCUACGAUUUGAUUUUAGUAACAAGAAGGCCAUGAACAUUGAUCAGCUACGAAAAACGGAAGAAAUUUGCCAAAAAGUUGUUGCUGACUCACUUUCGGUAACCGCAAAGACUAUGCCCCUGGCAGAAGCUCAAGAAAUUGAUGGUGUUCGCGCUGUGUUCGGAGAGGUGUAUCCUGAUCCAGUCCGCGUCGUUUCGGUUGGCGAUGACACCUCCAUCGAAUUCUGCGGAGGAACACACAUCUCCAACACUGCCGAAGCUGAGGCUUUCGUCUUGGUGGAAGAAACUGCGGUUGCCAAGGGCAUUCGUCGUAUUUCUGCCGUCACUAGAGAUGCUGCUGUACAGGCCAAAAAAGAAGGCGAGAAGUUUGAAACUCUUGUUGCCGAGGUUGAAGCGCUAGGUGUCGAUACUCCUGAUCUUGACAAGCAGGCUGGAGCCGUUCGAAAGGAUGUUGAUGCAGCAUUCAUUUCAGCUGUUGUCAAAGCUGAAUUGAGAGCUCGGAUAGAAGGAAUCCAGAAGAAGGCAAAUGAAGCCAAGAAGGCAGCACUCGCCCAGCGUGUCGACAAGAUUAUGAAUGUCGUAAAGGAAGAGGUGGAAGAAGCAAUUGCUGCAGGACGCAAGACACUGGUACUGAAUGUUGACAUUGCUGCUGAUUCCAAAGCGUCGCAAAAGAUCACAAACGCUGUUAAGAAGAUUGCCCCCGAACUUGCCUUCCUCGGAUUGAGUGAAGAGGAAGUUGGAAGUGGAGGCAAGAUCGCUGCCUUUGCAUUGGUUCCAACAUCUGCCAUUGAGAACGGACUGAAGGCUGAUGAGUGGAUCCGAGCGACACUCGAGGUUUGCGGAGGCCGUGGUGGCGGCAGACCUGAAAAUGCCCAGGGACAAGCUCCUGAAUGUUCCGACGUUGAGGCCGUUGUAGCAGCAGCGGAAAACUUUGCUAGUAGCAAGGUAUCCAGUGGAGUGCAAUAA